GAGGCGAAGCACCUACCUUAUUAUAUUGCAGGCGUGGAUAUAGGGAGAAAGGCAAUUCUGAGGAACUCGACUGGUUUGUUGUUUUGCUGAUAACUUCUGUUAUCUUCAUUAUGGCAGCAGCAAGUUGCGGUUAAUAGGUUAUACUUCAUUGAUCAGCUGAUAUUAUUAAACCCCUCAAGGUUAGAACCCUGAACUUUACCAGAAAAAUUAGUCAAGCGGAAACGAUCCCUGAUGACAGAGGGAAAAACAAAUAAAUAAACAACACAAUAAAUCAACCACGCGUUGUUUUAUAUUGACGUUGCUCAAAUUACAUUGAUGGUAGAAAUUAGGCGCAUUUCUAUUCGUUCAGGGAGCACAGUUAAUUUAUUGUUCCCAAAUGCCUAAUAUGCCAGAAGUUCAGCUAGCCUUCAGCACACCAAUUGACACUUCGAUUUGAAGUCAUGCCAGAAAAAGAGCCGACAAUUUUGCAACCAGACGAAAGUGCACUUGACCGAAAGUCGGAGCGGAAUAUCUCCCAACGGCAGCUGCUGAAACUUCCUCGACCGUUUGCAAAAAAGCGUUUGCACCCUUUUCCCCGCAACCCCCGCAGUCUGGAGGUGAUUCUGGACCAGUUUACGGGGGAGGGGGACGAGUGUAGGAGUGAGGAGCCGAUCUACAGGGCGGGGCAGCUGCUUAGAGGAGCCGUCAAAUUCACCCUUUCCGAACCCAUACAUUACAAAAGGUUGCUAGUGCGCUUCCAUGGUCUGGCCAAAGUGUGGUGGCUGGAAGGCACGGGGGACCAGAGGAGGGAGUACCAGAACCUGGACACUUACUUCCACGAUGUGCUAGUCCUCAAACAGGCUACAGAAUCAGAACACGAUGAGUUAUGUGAAGGUGAUCACGUGUUCGAGUUCCAGUACUGUCUGCCCCCCAAUCUCCCUUGCUCAGUUGAGAGGGUGGGGGCUUACAUCCGAUACUCUGUAAAAGCCAUCAUGGACAGACUGGAUGAAAGGUCCUGGGCAUCUCUGAACCCCACCUCUAAGAAGUACUUCACUGUGAUCGAUGACGUCAAUCUGAACGAGAUCCCAAAUGUUCUAAUUUCGUCUUCUUAUUUUAAGAACAAGAAAUUGUUGCGUGGGGUGUGUGGUGCUGGAAGUCUGCGGCUAGUGGCAUUCACAGACAGGUACGGCUACUGUCCCGGAGAGACCAUCUACAUCACAGUCUCCUGCACCAAUAACUCACUAUUCACAGUCAGAAAAGUUGUCAUCUCACUGCAACAGCUGGUGAUGUACACUUCAUCGACUGGACAUCGGAAGUGUCAGUGGAACUGUCUGCUGUCCUCCACAAAGGGGGGCUGCUCCAGACAGGGGGGAGUGUUUGGAGUGAGUCAUCUGCCCCUCCACAUUCCCUCCAUCCCCAUGACCUGUGGGGAACACAAGUGCAGAUGCAUAUCCACAUCCUAUUCCAUAAAGAUCAAGUUCCGGAUCCGUAAGGGGCUGGCGUAUACGAUUGAUUUGCCAGUGGUGAUCGGCAGCAUACCAAUCAGCAUUUUUGCAUCCCUCAAACACGGAAUUAUUCAUCCCCGCCCCACCCACCUCGAAUGUGUGAUGAAGGGGGGCAGCAUAGAGGACGAUGAUGACGUCACCAACGCAUGUCCGGGAGACGCUUGUCAGUUGCACUGCUUCACCCCCGCCUACACCUACUACGACUGGAGGGGACACUACCCCGCCCCCCACAAACUACCCUACGUCAUCACCGGAAACAAACUCCUCAAAUAUUGAUGCGCCGAAAAUUAAUACGAUGGAAAAAAUGCAUCCUUUUUAAAAAUCUGUGUUCGAUCCGUUCCU